AUGAGGAUCCAACUAAUUGUGUUUGCCUUCAUCCUUUGGACUGAAACAUUGGCAGAUCAGAAUCCAGGGCCAGGACCUGAGUAUGCAGAUGUGGUGUUCCUGGUGGACAGCUCUGAUCACCUGGGAGUCAAGUCCUUCCCUCUUGUGAAAACAUUCAUCAGCAAGGUGAUCAACAGCCUCCCCAUCGAGGCCAGCAAGUACCGGGUGGCCCUGGCCCAGUACAGUGACAGUCUCCACAGUGAGUUCCAGCUGGACACCUUCAGGAGCAGGAACCCCAUGCUGACCCACCUCAAGAAGAACUUCAGCUUUCUGGGCGGCUCCCUGCGGAUAGGAAGUGCCCUGCGGGAGGUGCACAGGACCCACUUCUCUGUCCCCACCAAUGGAAGGGACAAGAAACAGUUUCCCCCCAUCUUGGUGGUCCUGGCUUCCGCCGAGUCUGAGGAUGAGGUGGAAGAGGCUUCGGAGGCCCUGCGGAGAGACGGGGUGAGAAUCAUCUCCGUGGGGGUGCAGAAGGCCCCCGAGGAGACCCUGAAGGCCAUGGCCACAGAUCAGUUUCACUUCAACCUUCGGACAGCCCGAGACCUCAGCUCGUUUUCCCAGAACAUGACGCAGAUCAUCAAGGCUGUGACCAAGUACAGGGAGGAAGCCACUGACACUGAUGUAGAAGCUCCCUUUCUUGUAUCCUGUCAGAAAGAUUCACUUGCUGACAUUGUGUUCCUGGUGGAUGAGUCACUUGGGACGACACAAAAUUUAAGGAACCUGCAGAAGUUUCUGAAGAACAUAACCCACUCCAUAGAUGUGAAGGACAGCUGUAUACGACUUGGACUCAUGAGUUACAGUGACAGUGCACAGACCAUUUCUCUUCUGAAAUCAAGCACCAACCAAUCUGAAUUUCAGAAGCAAAUCAGGAAACUGUCCCUCCAGGCUGGAAAAUCCAAUGCUGGGGUCGCCAUUGAACAGAUGAGGAAAGUAGCCUUCUCAGAGUCCAGUGGCAGCAGAAAGACACAGGGGGUCCCUCAGAUUGCCAUCCUGGUCACCCACAGACCGUCAGAUGAUGAUGUGCGAGAGGCUGCAUUGAACCUUCGGCUGGAGGGCAUAACUGUGUUUGCUAUGAGCAUCCAAGGGGCUAACCAAACUCAGCUGGAAGAAAUAGCAUCAUACCCUACGGUUCAGAAAGUCUCCACACUCAACUCCUAUGUAGACUUGGAGCCAUACAGCAGGAACUUCUUGAAAAAGAUUGAGAAUGAAAUAUGGACUCAAAUUUCUACUCAAGCUGAACAAGUGGAGCUAGAUAAAACUGGCUGCGUGGACACAAAGGAGGCCGAUAUCUAUUUCCUCAUUGAUGGUUCCUCCAGCAUCCAGAUAAAUCAAUUUGAGCAAAUCAAGCUAUUUAUGUCAUCAACAGUAGACAUGUUUAGUAUCGGUCCCAACAAAGUCCGAGUUGGAGUGGUGCAGUACUCAGAUACGAACAGGGUGGAAUUUCCCAUCUCUCUCUACCAAAAUGGUAUCGACUUGAAAAAGGCUGUUUUUAACAUCAGACAAAUAUAUGGUGGCACUCGUACUGGGGAAGCCCUGGAUUUCAUACUGCCAAUUAUCAAGGAGGGGAAGAAGGACAGGGGCAGUGAGGUCCCCUGUUACCUCAUUGUACUGACCGACGGACAGUCCCAGGACAGGGUUCUGGAGCCAGCAGAGAGGCUCAGGGCCCAACAAGUCACCAUUCAUGCUGUUGGCAUAGGAGAGGCCAAUAGAGCAGAGUUGGAGCAAAUUGCCGGCAAAGAAGAAAGGGUUAGCUUCGGGCAGAAUUUUGAUUCCCUAAAAAGCAUAAAAGAUGAAGUCUUGCACAGUAUUUGCACUGAAAAAGGAUGUGAGGACAUGAAGGCUGACAUCAUGUUUCUGGUGGACAGUUCUGGAAGUAUAGGACCCACAAAUUUUGAGCAAAUGAAAACCUUCAUGAAAAACCUGUUGGCUAAGAUUCAGAUUGGUGCAGAUAAAACUCAUAUUGGUGUGGUGCAGUUCAGUGAUUAUAACAAGGAAGAGUUCCAGCUUAAUAACUAUUUUACUCAAAAAGAAAUCUAUGAUGCCAUAGACAGAAUGCCUCUCAUUGACAGAAAUACUUUGACCGGAAGUGCGCUGACAUUUGUAAGUCAGUACUUCACUCCUGCCAAGGGGGGGCGCCCCACAGCCCGAAAGUUCCUCAUCCUCCUUACGGAUGGAGAAGCACAGGAUGAGGUGAAAGACCCUGCUGCUGCUCUUCGGGGCUCAGGGGUGACCAUCUUCUCUGUGGGGGUGUUCGGUGCCAACAGGGCUGAGCUGGAGGAGAUCAGUGGAGAUGGCAGCCUGGUUUUCCAUGUGGAGAACUUUGAGGAUCUGAAGGAGAUAGAAAGUAAACUCAUCUUCCGAGUGUGUGCUCUGCACGAUUGCAAAAGGAUUAAGGUGUUAGACAUUGUGUUUGUGCUGGACCACUCUGGGAGCAUAAGUUCAGGACAGCAAGAGAGCAUGAUGAACCUUACUGUCCACUUGGUGAAGAAAGCCGACGUUGGCAGGGACCGGGUGCAGUUUGGAGCUCUCAUAUACUCCGACCAGCCUGAGAUUCUUUUCUACCUGAACACAUAUUCAAGCAGAUCAGCCAUCACUGAACACCUGAGGAGACGCAGGGACACCGGAGGGAACACAUACACUGCCAGGGCUCUCCAGCAUGCCAACCACCUGUUCAAAGAAGAGCAUGGCAGCCGUAUAAAGCAAAACGUGAGGCAGAUGGUGGUCAUCAUCACAGACGGGGAGUCCCAUGACCGAAAUCUGCUCCAUGACACAGCACUGCAGUUAAGAGCUAAAGGCAUCACUAUCUUUGCAGUGGGUGUGGGAGAGGCCAACCAGGACGAACUCGAGGUUAUGGCAGGGAAUAAAGAAAACACUGUCCAUGUUGAUAAUUUUGACAAACUGAAAGAUGUUUAUCCGCUUCUGCAGGAAAGCAUGUGCACCCAUGCACAAGAGGUCUGUAACCUUCAGGAAGCUGAUGUGAUUUUCCUUUGUGAUGGCUCUGACUUGGUGUCUGAUUCAGAGUUUGUUACCAUGAUGACAUUCUUGUCAGACUUAAUUGAUAAUUUUGACAUUCAGUCUCAAAGAAUGAAGAUUGGGAUGGCUCAAUAUGGGAGUCGCUAUCAGGAAAUUAUUGAGCUGGACAGCUCUCUGACUCAAAGCCAGUGGAAGUCACAAAUUCGGUCUGUCAACAAGAGCAGAGGGCUUCCGCAAAUUGAUUUGGCCCUUAACCAUGUGAAGUAUAUGUUUUAUCCAUAUGCUGGUGGGAGAAGAAACGCUGGUGUCCCUCAAAUUCUGGUUGUCAUCACAUCUGGGGAUCCCCGUUAUAACGUGGCAGAGGCAGUGAAAAUCUUGAAAGACCUUGGAAUAUGUAUUCUGGCUUUGGGCAUAGGAGAUGUUCACAAAGAAUACCUUCUGCCAAUAACAGGCAAUUCUGAAAAAAUAAUCACUUUCCAAGACUUUAAUAGGUUAAAGAACAUGGAUGUGAAGAAGAGAAUGGUUCGCGAAAUCUGCCAGACCUGUGGGAGAACCAAUUGCUUUGUGGAUGUAGUGGUUGGGUUCGACAUUUCCACUCACCUUCAAGGGCAGCCUUUGUUCCAGGGCCACCCGCGCUUGGAAUCGAAUCUCCCAAAGAUCUUGGAGGACCUCACCUCCAUCAGAGGGGUGAGCUGUGGAGCAGGUGCAGAGGCUCAGGUGAGCCUGGCCUUUAAGGUGAACAAUGACCAGGAAUUUCCUGCCAAGUUCCAAAUCUAUCAGAAAGCAAUAUUUGACAGCUUGCUGCAAGUCACCGUCAGUGGGCCUGCGCAUCUGAACGCACAGUUCUUGCAGUCUCUGUGGGACACAUUUGAGGAUAAGUCUCCGUCCCGGGGACAGGUGCUACUCAUCUUUUCAGAUGGCCUCCAGGGUGAGAGCAUCACAAUGCUAGAAAAUCAAUCGGACCAGCUCAGAGAAGCAGGACUAGAUGCCCUGCUGGUGGUUUCUCUAAACACAGAUGCUCACGAUGACUUUUCCAGCUUUGACUUUGGGAAAGGAUUUGAUUACAGGACUCAGCUGACCCUUGGAAUGACAGAACUAGGCAAUAAGCUCUCAGAGUACCUGGGAAACGUUGCAGAGAGGACUUGCUGCUGUACGUUUUGCAAAUGUUCUGGGCUUCCAGGGCUUCCUGGGGCUCAAGGACCACAAGCUUGGAAGGGUUCUUCAGGUGUGAAAGGCAGCAGAGGACACAGAGGGGAGGAUGGAGACCCUGGAACACAAGGAGAAAUUGGACCACAAGGAGAUAGAGGGAUUGCAGGAUGUCCGGGGGACAGAGGUGUACAGGGAGCCAAGGGAUUUUCUGGAUCUAAGGGAGAACACGGAGAGCUUGGGGUUGAUGGACUCCAUGGAGAAGAGGGAUUUCAUGGAUUUCCUGGGAAAAAAGGAGAAAAAGGUGAUCUUGGAUCUCAGGGCAGCCCAGGUUCCAGAGGCCCCCCUGGGGAACGUGGAGAAAAGGGCUUCCCAGGGGAUCCUGGCAAUCCAGGACAAAACAGUAACACCAGAGGACGGAAAGGCUCCAAAGGAGAACAAGGAAGACAAGGUAGCACUGGACAGAAAGGAACACAAGGCAGCCCCAGUGCCGCAGGAAGCAGGGGAAUGGAAGGCCGAAGGGGACCCCGAGGUGCCUUGGGAGAACCAGGAAAUUCUGGACUUCAAGGCACACCAGGAGCUGAAGGAUUACAAGGCCCACAGGGGUCAAAUGGAAAUCCUGGCACGAAAGGAGAAAAAGGAAACCAGGGACACAAAGGACCUCAGGGUUCUCUUGGGCUUCCAGGACCUGAAGGGAACAUGGGAAGACCUGGACCUUUGGGAAGAAAAGGAGAACCUGGAGUUCUUGGGGUUCCAGGGCCCGUGGGGCCCCCCGGACAGCGAGGAAAGCAGGGAGAUUAUGGCAUCCCGGGCUAUGGUCAGAUGGGACGAAAAGGAUUAAAGGGUCCAAAAGGAUUUCCUGGAGAUAUGGGGCAGAAGGGUGAUGUCGGUGAUCCUGGGAUUCCUGGGGAGCCUGGACCCAAAGGAUUUAGGGGACUAACACUCUCUGUAGGCUUGAAAGGUGAAAGUGGAAUUCAGGGGUCGAAAGGCUCUCCUGGACCAAGAGGUGCCAAAGGCAUGGCAGGACAGCCUGUAUAUUCUCAGUGUGACCUGAUUCAGUUCGUGCGGAACAAUAGCCCUUGUUGGAAAGAAAAGUGUCCUGCGUAUCCAACAGAGCUGGUGUUUGCCCUGGACCAAUCCUCUGAUGUCACAGAACAGAGAUUUAAUGAAACAAGGGACAUCAUUAUUUCCACUGUGAAUGACCUUAACAUCAGGGAAAAUAACUGUCCUGUGGGAGCCAGAGUUGUCGUUGUCUCCUAUGACUCAGACACCAGCUAUCUCAUCCGUUCGUCUGACUACAGGAACAAGAAAGAACUCCUCCAGCUUCUUUCUCAAAUAAAAUACCAAGUGCCCAUGGAGGCCCAAGACAUUGGCAGGGCAAUGAGGUUUGUGGCCCACAGUGUUUUCAAGCGGACAUUGGCCGGAGCCAAUGUGAGGAGAGUUGCAGUGUUUUUUAGCAAUGGUCAGGCAGCCAGUAGGUCAUCCAUCCUCAUGGCCACCAUGGAGUUCAGUGCUCUGGAUAUCAUCCCUGCCGUCUUUGCUUUUAAUGAACGAGUGUUCUUUGAUGAAGCCUUUGGGUUUGACAGCACUGGGACCUUUCAGGUGAUUUCAGUCCCUCCGGAUGGGAACUAUGAGCCACUGGAAAGACUUCGGCGCUGUACGCUUUGCUAUGAUAAAUGUUUUCCAAAUACUUGUGCUAAAGAGAUUUUCUUACCUGAAAAUUCAUACAUGGAUGUAGCCUUCCUCUUAGACAGCUCUAGAAAUAUAGCAAAUGAUGACUUCAAGGCUAUGAAAACCUUUGUGAGCUCGGCUCUUGACAAUUUUCACAUUGCUUCAAACCCUUCAGUCUCAGGCUCUGGUGAUAGGAUUGCCUUGUUGAGCUAUUCUUCCUGGAAUAGUUCCAGGAGAAAGAAUGGUACAGUAAAAACAGAAUUCAAGUUCACAACUUAUGACAACCAAGUCCUAAUGAAGAACCACAUCAAGAAUUCCCUCCAUAAGCAAAAUGGAGAAGCCAACCUCGGUCACGCCCUGCUGUGGAUCAUGGAAAAUCUCUUCCCAGGAACACCCAACCUAAGAAAACACAAGGUCAUCUUUGUGGUCUCAGCUGGACAAAAUUAUGAGAGAAAGGAAAUUGUGAGGCAGAUGGCUUUGAAGGCCAAGUGUCAAGGCUAUGUCAUAUUUGUGAUUUCUCUGGGCUCUACAUAUGAGGAGAACAUGGAAGAAUUAGCCAGCUAUCCACUUGAUCAGCAUCUGAUACAGCUUGGGAGAGUGCACAAACCAGAUCUGAAUUAUAUUGUGAAGUUCUUAAAGCCAUUUAUACACUCAGUGAGGCGAGAAUUCAAUCAGUACCCACCACCGAUGUUGGAGAACGCCUGCAAGCGCCUUGAGUUGGAAGGAGAGGGCGAGGAGGAUGGCUCUCUCCGAUUUACCACUGAGCUAUAUGAGGUUUCUUCAGACAAGAACAGCUUCAUUGGCCAAGAAUUAAAUGCUGGAGGAGGCUCAUCUGUGGUGUUGAAGGACAGUGGAGGCGACCAUUUGGUUUAUAUCCCAAGCCAAAUGUUAGAGCCACAGAAGUUAGUGAAUAACCAUAAAAAAGAUCAGAAAAUUGCAGAACCUGCAAGUCUCGUUUCUGGGCAUGAAAAUCAUGGCAGAAAAGAAGAAUCAGGUCUUGGGUAUAAGCCCAGAGAUGCCUCUCUUCAAGAAUAUUACAUGGAUGUGGCUUUCCUCAUAGAUGCCUCUCAAAGAGUAGGAAGUGAUGACUUUAAAGAAUUGAAAACCUUUAUAACCUCAGUGCUUGAUAACUUUCACAUUGCCCCAGAUCCACUGACCUCCAUCUUAGGGGACAGAGUGGCUGUUCUGACCUACUCUCCCCAAGGCUAUCUGCCCAACUCUGAAGAAUGCCCGGUCUACUUGGAAUUUGAUUUGGUUACUUAUAACAGUUUAUACCAAAUGAAGCAUCAUCUCCAAGACUCUCUUCAACAGCUCAAUGGAGAUGUUUUUAUUGGCCAUGCUCUGCAGUGGACAAUUGAUAAUGUCUUUGUAGGAACCCCCAACCUGAGGAAAAACAAGGUUAUCUUUAUAAUAUCUGCUGGUGAAACCAACCCCUUAGACAAGGAAGUCUUAAGUACUGUAUCUUUGAGAGCCAAGUGUCAAGGCUACUCCAUAUUUGUGUUUUCCUUUGGUCCUAUACACGAUGACAAGGAAUUGGAAGAACUGGCCAGCCACCCCCUGGAUCAUCAUUUAGUCCAGCUUGGCCGGACCCACAAGCCAGAUCUGGACUAUAUCAUCAAGUUUGUCAAGCCAUUUAUCCAUUCAAUCAGACGUGCCAUCAACAAAUACCCCACCAAAGGCCUGAGAUCCAAGUGUGACAACAUUACCUUUCCCGGCCCAGAGAACCUUGGCACGGAAGACACCGCAUUUCUUAUUCCUGAGGUGUAUAAAAUAGAGACAAAGAACAGUGACUUAUUUGGUGACUUUGACUCCCAGGAGCAACAUUUCUUGGUAUUAGGGAACAAUGAUGAUAAUGAUUCUGGGUCAGUUACGGAUUUGAUCCAAAAGUUGUAUCUGCUCUUUUCUCCUGGGGAGUUGAUGGUAACUGACAAAGAAGAGCCACGUACAGAAGAAAUUCUAGCCUCAGGAAAUGACAAACAAGAAAAACAAGAUAAGAAAAUGGAGGGCACAGGCAUCCCUAACAUCUUUCUUAAGAAUAUUCACAGCCCUGAAUCCAGUGCUGUGUAUCACUCAAUGUCUAUAGAACACAAGUUUGCCUUAAAUCAAGAGAAAAGCCUGCAGGGCAGUUUCAGCGCCCAAGAUCCCCUCCACGCGCGCUUGCGUCGCCUCCCCAAGGCUGCGCCCCUCUCUCGGGAGACCACGUGCGCUGGGCCCGGGGCCGCCGGGGCGGAGAGGGGUCGGCCCGGGGCGGGGAGAUCAGGGUUUAUAUAUCGAGCAGAGGGGUGGGAGCUGCCGCCCGCCCGCCUGCCCGCGGGACACCGGGAGUCCAGAGGUUGCCCACACGCCGCCUGUCCCGUGCGGGUCCCUGAGGUCUCCAGAGUCCUUGGUCAGCGCUGGGCUGGCGCGCUGGGGACGUGCGCUCUGCCCGCCCGGAGCCUGGAAGUGCGGGACUGGGGUUGUGUGGAAGUUUCCCCGAG